GUCGGCCGGCCCGGGCCUCUCUGCCCGCCAGCGCCAUCUUGAGAGGACGAGCGGCGGGUUUGUUGUCCGUCGCGGCUACGUGAGGCCUUCCUCGCGCGUGGACUCGGCCCACGGGUCAGCGCGGUGGAUCUCGCCUGGCUGGGGGGCUGACGAGGAGUUGCCGCGGCCAUGGAGGACGAAAUGCCCAAGACGCUGUAUGUUGGGAAUCUAUCAAGAGAUGUUACCGAAGCUCUCAUUCUCCAGCUGUUCAGCCAGAUUGGACCAUGCAAAAACUGCAAAAUGAUAAUGGAUACGGCUGGAAAUGAUCCGUAUUGUUUUGUGGAGUUCUAUGAGCAUCGUCACGCAGCUGCAGCUUUAGCAGCUAUGAAUGGACGGAAGAUAAUGGGUAAGGAGGUCAAAGUGAACUGGGCAACAACCCCCAGCAGCCAGAAGAAAGAUACCAGCAGUAGUACCGUUGUCAACACACUGCGUUCACAAGACCACUUCCAUGUCUUUGUUGGAGACCUCAGCCCAGAAAUUACAACUGAAGAUAUAAAAGCAGCGUUUGCACCAUUUGGAAGAAUAUCGGAUGCUCGAGUUGUUAAGGAUAUGGCAACAGGAAAAUCUAAAGGAUAUGGUUUUGUUUCUUUCUUCAAUAAAUGGGAUGCAGAAAAUGCAAUUCAGCAGAUGGGGGGACAGUGGCUUGGUGGAAGACAAAUCAGGACUAACUGGGCAACACGCAAACCUCCAGCUCCAAAGAGUACAUAUGAGUCAAAUGCCAAACAGCUUUCCUAUGAUGAUGUUGUAAAUCAGUCCAGCCCAAGCAACUGCACGGUGUACUGUGGUGGGGUUACUUCAGGACUAACAGAACAGCUGAUGCGUCAAACAUUUUCUCCAUUUGGGCAGAUAAUGGAAAUUCGAGUCUUCCCAGAUAAAGGGUACUCCUUUGUACGGUUCAAUUCUCAUGAAAGUGCUGCACAUGCAAUUGUUUCAGUCAAUGGCACAACUAUAGAAGGGCAUGUUGUGAAAUGUUAUUGGGGCAAAGAAACGCCAGAUAUGAUAAGUCCAAUUCAACAGCAGAAUCAAGUGGGAUAUCCACCGCCUUAUGGGCAGUGGGGCCAAUGGUAUGGAAAUGCACAACAGAUUGGCCAGUACAUGCCAAAUGGCUGGCAAGUCCCUGCGUAUGGAAUGUAUGGACAGGCAUGGAAUCAGGGAUUUAGUCAGACACAAUCUUCUGCAGCAUGGAUGGGCGCAAAUUACGGUGUACCACCCCCUCCACCACCACCCCCGCCACCACCCCAAGGGCAAAAUGGAAGUGUUCUAACUAGUCAAACUGGAUAUCGGAUGGCAGGUUUUGAAACACAGUGAGACAGACAGAGAAGGACUCUGGAAUAGAACAACUGGUGGCUUUGAGGCUAUAUGGAGCAUUGUAAAUCCUUUUGUUUACUUUAAAAAAUCUAUCCAAUCAAGUCAGUGCAAAAGUCAAACAGUAUUUAUUUUUAAUCAUGAAACUUUGUUGUCCACAUUUUUUAAAAAAACACACACAGGAAAUACUAGAUGCUGGAUAUCUGCCAACUUUUGCCUUCUUUUCCUCUUUUGAGAUGUGUUUCUUAAAGAUCUUUGUUUGAAACACAACUAAUGCAGGGAUUUCUGCCACUUUUAGAUUGCGGCAGAAAAUUGCACAAUAUCAAAACUUUUUUUUUCCACUGAAGUAGUGUGCAGUUCUAGUUUGCAUUCCUAGUAUGACUUAAAAUGUAUAUGAAAGAAGUUGUACAAAAGAAAAAAAACACGCCAAAACUGUGUGAAUUCUGAAGGUUUGUUGUGAUCUUCAGCGUGUGCACAAUUCUGUUUUAAAGAGAGCCUAUUGUAUAAAGUGUCCAUCUCCUCACUUUUGUUAUACUGGGGUUUCAAAUAUAACUUAUUGGUUUACAUUAUUUUGUAUCUAGACAUUUUUCAAAAAGUGGUUUUUGCCUUACUGUCAGCUAUUAAAUUAUUAACUAGGAGUGGCGAUGGGGAAGUCAUAAUUGACCUAAAUAGUUGUACAGAGCUCUCGGCUGGAUCCAACUCUUCAUGUUGUUGUUGCUAUUGUUAGAUAUGAGAAGGUGCCUGGGAAAUCCCUGUUGGAUUUACUCAAAGAUCUUUAUCUUCACUGAUGAACUUCAACCCAGUUUCAGAUAUUAAAAAUGUGACACAUUCUUAUGAACCAGCUUUUUUAAAUCUGUCAGUUUUUACAUUUACAUGUAUCCUUUAUCAUGUAAACUAUUUUAGCAAAUUAAUAUUUUUCACAAAAGUUGGUCAGCUUUUGUAUGUCUCCUUCUUUGAAAGGGUAAGAGGCAGAGAGAUUUACGUGAAUUAUGAGUACGAUUUAAGCUUUGGCUUUUGCAUGUGAAUAUCAAAUACACUGUUAGACUUUGAAUAAACAGUCAUGCUCUCAUUUUUCAGAGAUAUGUAGAGAAUACAUUGGUCUUAACUGUUAGCAACUUUUUGCUCGAGUGGAGUAAGUGACUUGAUUUAGCAUGUACAGGUAGAGCUAUGAAAUCAUGUAGCAUUACAUGAAUCAGGCCAGGAGUAUGAGAAAUGCUCCAGUUAAGCCCGAAGGACCAGCUGGAUAAAGCAGUUUGAAUUUUUCAGAGGCCAAAAAAUCUCGCUAUCCUACCUCCUUGACUAGCCUUCAGAGAGUGCAAAAAAAGAAAAGAAAAAGAAAACUACCCCUAGGUGUAGUAUUUAUUUAUCCCUGUUAAUGUCUGGGCAUGUGGAGGUGUUUCGUUCUUUGUUCUGCAUUGGUUGUAGUGGAGCAACUUACCAACAAAUUCCUGAGCUUAUGCUAUACAGAGUGUCCUGUGACAAUGUAUUUUAUGAAAAGAAGUGACCUGCUGAGAGACUAGAGAGCUAGCUUUGGAACUGUUGGUUCUAUUUGUCUUGAUUUCGACCCCUCUGUCUUUGGGGGUGUUUUUUUUGUUUUGGGUGGGUGGGGAGUUUUGGGAAGCUGUUCUAAAUUUUGAAAGCUUGUAUGGAAUCUUAGGGAAAGAAGAAAAGACAAAAGAAAGCCUAUAAUGAGAAAACAUCUUGUCCCCAAAUAUGUUAACAACUGACAUUCUGAAAAGUACGGUGUGCCAGCUGGCUCGAAAUUUUAGGUAUCAGUUAAGUGGAGCUGUGUUAAUAACAUCAGUUGUUACCUGUAGACAGAGCCUGACCUCGAAAUAUUUAAAAAAUAAAGCAUGCCCCAAAGACACCUUUAACUCCAUAGAUUUUUCUCAUUUAUGUAUCCAUGCUGCCUUUUAAAUUUGCAAAAAAAGAAAAAAACCAUAUCUAAUUUCUGCUUACCACCUCUGCUUGUAAAAUUCUUUGAAAAGAGGACAUGAAUAGGUUUGAGGUGAGUUUGGUGCCGCAUUGGAAUUUCUAUGUGUAAUUUCAACAAUAGAACUGCCCAGGUUUGGUCUGCUUAAAUAAAAUUUCUUUCACUUGAACAGUCUGAGAUCCUAUUACCCAGUUUUAAAAAAGAAGCUUUUUGUAUCAUCAGUGCUGAUUGCUGUCCUUGGGCUUUUCUCUUUAUUUGAAUACCCAGGAAGAAUGUCAGUCCAUGACAACUAAAGCUUUGAUACAUUUCAAAAACAUGAGUUCUUUGAAUGGAUAAAGCAAAAGGGAGAAGUAAUGGCAUUUCAGUAUUAUUUAAGAGGCUUGAAAGUUCUGAAGAUUCUCAGUUAGACUUCAAAAUAUGAUGACAAAAAUAAAUUGAUGGGGCCCUUUAAACUCUGCAAUGUUCAUAGCUAAGCUAGUUCUGUUUGUUAGUUUACUGGAGGUUACUCCUAACUUCUGCUACAUGAGCCAGAGUAAAAACUGUUUAGUAGAAGCUGAUCAAGUGCCAGCUUUAUUGGGGUGUCCUUCCUUUGCUGUAACUAGUCUACAGUGUCCCUAAAGAAAAAUAGGUCAACUCGAGCCUAUUCCUUCCCAUUGUUGCCCCUUUCCUUACUUUUAGUUUAAGCAUCUGCCAGGCCUUUCAGUUUAAAAAGGGACCUUUCUUAAUACGAAAUGUGUAAAUGCCCUAUACAGAUCUCAAAGGAGGAGGAUGCUGCCUGGGGUGUUUGGUUUGGGUUAUUUUGUUUUUAUUUUUCAAAUAGCAGCCCAUUUUUGUGUCUGUAUAAACAUUGAAAAGCUUCAUUUGAACUAAUGUAUUUUGAUACUUGUGUUUAGAAGUUCAAAAACUUCACUCCAGAAGCCGUGACUUUUGAAAGCCAUUAAGAUGUUAAUAAAAGAUGUGAGCUUGCA